GCCUCUCCGUCACAGGUGCACGUGCUCGGCGAAGAUAGUGAGGGCUUGCACUGCCGGAAAUGAGGGGAGUACCACGUGCCUAAUAAUCCGGCAUUACGGAUAAGUGAAUGUAGCAAGCAGGAUAAAAGGGUGUGACGACGGGGCUUGUUCUUGGUGUUCCGGUUGCGAGUUUUUUUUUGUACAAUAUUUACGGGAUAUUUAUUUUAGAGCAAAGUAACAUAGUGUUGGUCCAUAAUGCAGAAAAAAACAUAUAUAUUUUUUUUAAAUGUGGCAGAAGUUGAUGGCCAAUCUCUCCAUCAUAACGAUGCAACCCAGUAUCAUAAUAUAAUUCUUUCUAUUACAAAAACGGCAUUGGAGAAAAAUAUACUUCUUUAAAGUAGAAGCAGAAGUGGAGGCUGACAAAUGCAUCGUUGAUCUCUAAAUCGAGAAAAGGGCCUUGACAUAUCAAUUAAUCUUUGCCAAUCUAUUCGAGUUCUGUCUAUUGUUGUUUAGAUUGGAAAGGGUCAGGACUAGCAUGUCAACUGCUCUUGCAUGACAUCCGCAGUUCCACACCCUGUAUAUGCGGCGCCAUAUGCGUCAUUAACAUCUUGAAAUGAACACAAUUACCCUAAUUGAAUCAUUACUGCUAGUUACCGCAGUUCUGCAUCGCUUGGCGAGAACUUGGGUGGUGUCGUACUAAGUCUGCUUUAACGUUAAUCGGCGAUGAUACCUAGGUUUUCGUGGGAUGAAGGCAAAAGCACGUGGUCAGGAACGAUAAGAUAUGUACCCCGAGAUUAGAUCUCCGAACGAUAUCCAUUCGCGGUCGGAAUGAUAAGGAAUUCAAGUCAGUUAUGUUUCCUCUCGUGGCACGGUCGGAUCGCACACCUGUUGAUAGACGAGGUUGAGAAAUUCAACGCGAAAAGAUUAUGGAACGUCCGACAGUACGAGUGUAACUCUUUGGCGGCAACACGACAGGGCCAGUAGGUGCCCGGCUGCCUCCCGCGCCGCACGCAGGUUCAGCGGGUUCCUGACACGGCCAUCCGGCAGUCUUCGCGCCCUCGACGGAUACGUUUAAGCCUUUCUGGGCUGGCCAUCAAAAUUAGCUGGUGGCGAGAGCACAUACUUUGCUUGCAAGUUUAUGCUGAUGGAAAUGAAAACAACGUGAAGAUAUUUUUGGCGGAGUGGCCCGACCUUCGCGCGAUGCCCUGGGAUGGAAGGUGACGACGCCCUGCGGAUGCGCGCCCUAACGACGCUCCCGUGGGCGAUCCGUCGACGGCAUCGGCAUCGGCUGGCGGCGGCGCUGGUGCUCUGCGUCGUCGUGCUCUGUCUGGCACACCGGCUGCUGCUGCUCGCCUUCGAAUACCGGGAAUACAUCUACGCUCUGCUGCCUGAGCCGCCGCUCCCAGUGCAGCGAAGGGAGGCGCACGUGACAAACAGCCACAGACAGCCUUCAGACAGACAGCCAAGGAUCCUGUGCUUGAUCGUGACGUCACCCAAGUACCACGACACGCGAUCGAGUCACGUGGCGGCCACCUGGGCACGGCACUGCACGCGGGCGGUGUUCCUGAGCACAGCCGGGGACUCGCGCCUCCCCGACGUCUUCAUCACGCCCGGCGCCGCCUCCUACCAGGAGCUGUGGGGCAAGGUCACGCAAGUUAUCCCGUCUGCAAGGAAUGGCCGGGGUUACCAUCCACUGGCGGCGAGGGAUUUGAAUGCAGGGUUCGAGUGGGCCUACAGGAACCGCCACGACUUCGACUGGGUGGUGAAAGCAGACGACGACACUUUCUUGGUCGUGGAGAACCUGCAGGCAGCUCUUCUCCGUCUCGACCCCGACCGGGAGCUGGCCACGGGCGUCCAGCUGAGGACCUGGGACACCGGCUCGGCGUACUUCAACGGCGGCGCUGGCUACGUGCUGAGCCGGGGAGCCGUGAGGAGGCUGGUGGAGGACGGCCUGCGGGAGCAGCGGUGCGAGGAGAACCUCAACCUCGGUGCCAAUGAGGAUGUCAACAUGGCACUGUGCCUCGCUCAUUUGGGUGUCGUAUUCCUGGACUCACGGGACUCCCUCGGGCGACAGCGGUUCCACAUGUACCCGCCUCACGAGCUCAUUGAUCCACGCCAAGCCAACAGCAUCACGCACCUGUGGCUGAAGACGCAGUCGGUCUUCCCUUACAAGUUUGGUUACGCUGAACUCAGUGACGAAGCGAUCAGUUUCCACUACGUUGACGCGCGCUCCAUGUAUCUUCUCUACUAUCUUGUUUACGUCGUUAACCCAAACAACCAAGUCACUCCCAUCAACCAGGUCGACCGAGAAAGCCAGGUCAAAGGGAACAAACAGGUUAAGGAAAACACGCGAGUAAACUUAUCCACGAGUGAAAAGUGAAGUGAAGGAACAGGAGAAAUGGAGAGGAAAAACAGGUUGAACUGUGAAUGUGCUGGUAUGUUUUCAUUUCUUUAAAUGAAAGUGCCGAGCAAAGUCAUAUACUAAUAGAAAGAUAGAACUACUGUGAAAUAUGAUUAUCUUUGUGAGGACGCUUUAUGAAAAUAUGUCAAGGUCAAAUAUUUUAACAUUCAAAUGAAAAUACAAAUUUAAGUUUAGUGAUUUUAGGAUUGAUAUUAAAAGUGAAUAUACGAAAAAAAUAUACA